AUGUACUAUGUUAUUCGUACCCCAGUGAGAAUAGAUGGUUCCAAAUACACAGUUUUAGUUACAGAAUACAAUGAUUUAGGAAAUAGUCGCUUCCUUGACCCUCGGAGUCAACAGUCAUUUAAGUAUGAUCAUUUAAAAAAAGAACCUACAGAGUUCCAACCUCAUGAAACUGAUCAAACUGCAGAAUCCUGGCGGUCAGCACUAGAGGAUGCAUGGACUCAGUACACAGAAGACCACUACAGGCAUGGAAAUUGUUCUGUCUUUGGUCACGGACAGGGUGGCAACAUCAGUCUUACUGCUUGUAUUGAAGAUCAUAAUUUUCAACCUAAAAACUACUGGAAUGGGCGCUGGCGCUCAGUCUGGACAGUCACUUUUCCCCCUGUACCAGGAACUGUUGAAUUACAAGGACUUGUUAAAGUACAGGUUCAUUACUAUGAAGAUGGAAAUGUACAGUUAGUUACUUCUAAAGAAAUAAAAGAAUCAUUAUCUAUUUCAGUAAGUAUUUGCUUGUGUUAAUUGUA